AUGCUACGAACGUUCUACUGUAGCCUGUCAACCAUGAACAACCAACUGAAAAUUAGCCAUUUACGAGUUCCAUAUAGAAAAUCCAAUGAUAUAUUCGAUAUUAUAAAUUUAAAGUACAAAGAUCCUUUACUUUUGUUUAAGUCGUGGUUUGAAGAAGCUAUCAAAUGUGAAAAUGUUUUUGAACCUAAUGCAAUGGCUCUUGCAACGUGUAGCAAACAGUGUAUUCCAAGUGUACGGUUUGUUCUUUUGAAAGAAUUGGAUGAAAAUGGAUUUCAUUUUUUCACUAAUUAUAAUAGCAGAAAAGCUCAAGAGCUUGAUAGUAAUCCACAUGCAAGUCUUGUUUUUUAUUGGGAACCUCUUAAACGUCAGGUACGUGUGGAAGGCGUUGUUUCACGUGCUUCAGAGGUAGAGAGUGAAGAAUAUUUUCAGUCCCGCCCGAAGGCUAGUCAAAUUUCUGCUACAGUUAGUUCACAAAGUGAACCAAUUCCUUGUCGUGAAUUUCUGGACAAAAAGUACGUAGAAUUAGAAAAUGAAUAUGCUGCGAGAGAAAAGCUUCCAAAGCCUUCAAAUUGGGGAGGAUAUAUUCUAUCUCCGACAUCAAUUGAGUUUUGGCAAGGUCAAACAAACAGACUGCAUGAUCGUAUUAGAUUUCGUCGUUGUGAUCAAAUUCCAGAAAUAAAUGGAUCUGACCUAGUACACGUUGGAGAAAAUGGUUGGGUAUACGAACGACUAGCUCCAUAGAAGUUUGCUGUUUUUAUGCAUGAAUUUGUUUUAUAUGAGAAGUUUAGUUUCCUGCCACUUCUUGUAACAGUCAUACAUAUAGUCAAUAAAAUAUUCGCUGUAAUUCUUAAAAUGAUAAAUGCAAUCGCUUUCUCUGAGGCUUAUGAACUACUAAUGUCUUGGAGGAUGUUAAGUUCCCAAAGACAAUUUGCUAAUAAAAAAUUAAAUGAAAGAUCUUGUACGAAUAUAAUUGUGAGUUUUGUAUUAAUUCAGUGUAAUUUCCGUUAAUUUGACUUCUGGUCUGUGGACCUCGUUGAAUCACGAACAGUCACUUUACUAGAGA